CCAGCGUGCUUACCGCUGGCUCCAGACUAUGAUCUUUGCGGUGGAGGAGAUUAACCGCGACCCAGCCCUCCUUCCUAACCUCACCCUGGGGUUCCUGGCUGCUGACACAUGCCUGGCAGAGGGUACCACUCUGGGGGCAGCCCUAGCCAUGGUGACCGGCCAGGAGGCCUCUGUGGUGGGCACAGAGUGUGGAGCAACCCCUGAGGUGCCCGUCAUCAUCGGUGAUGCCCGCUCCUCAGCCUCCAUCGUGGUGGCACAGACCCUCGGACCGUUUGAGUUACCCAUGGUGAGUUAUUUUGCCUCCUGUGCCUGUUUGAGUGACAACUGGAGGUACCCAUCGUUCUUCCGUACGAUACCCAGCGAUGCCUUCCAGGCUCGGGGCAUGGCCAGGCUGCUGCAUCAGCUGGGCUGGGAGUGGGUGGGGCUGGUGUCAGGGGAUGAUGACUAUGGAAAGUUUGGGGUUCAGAUGCUUCUCCAAGAUCUCCAAGGAUCUGGGGUUUGUGUCGCCUACGCAGAGGUCAUCCCCAAGGUACCAUCUCAGAGACGGAUGAAGUACAUCGUGGACACCAUCAGAGGAUCUACUGCCAGAGUGGUGGUGACAUUCGCCAUCGCUCAGGAUGCACGGGCCCUGAUGGAAGAGGUUGUCCGUCAGAACAUAACAGACAGGCAGUGGAUCGCCUCGGAAGCCUGGGUCACCUACUCUACUCUCUCUUCCCCCAAAAACCUGCCCUCUCUUGCCGGGACUAUUGGAUUUGCCCUGAAGAAAGCUGUCAUUCCCAGCCUGGGGCCUUUCCUAACACGCCUCCGUCCUGAUGGGGAAUACCAGAAAUCCGACCCCUUCCUGAGGGAAUUGUGGGAGGAGAUUUUUGGGUGUUCUCUGGGGAUUGACCUCAGCAUGACCCCGUCGUCCCGGCGACAGUGUACUGGUUCAGAGGUCAUAGGUGAGGGGGAGAGCCAGUAUGCUGACGUGUCUCAGCUGAGAGCCAGCUACAAUGUGUACAAGGCUGUUUACGCCAUCGCCCACGCCAUUCAGGACAUGGUGGCCUGUCCACCAGGGGAGGGACCCUUUAAUAGUGGACAGUGCCCUGAUAUCAGGAAGCUUCAGCCCAGCCAGAUUGCUCAUUAUCUGAGGAGAGUGAACUUCAGUACUCCUGUGGGGGAUUUGAUCCACUUCGACAUGAAUGGUAAUCCGCCUGCCUCUUAUGACAUCAUCAACUGGCAUGUGACCCACGAGGAGACAGCAGAGUUUGUCCAAGUAGGCCAUUUUCUGUCUUCAGUGGGCGUGGACGACCAGUUUCACAUCAAUAUGGAGAAGGUGGUGUGGGGAGGGGGCAGCAGAGAUGAGGUCCCUGUGUCUAUAUGCAGUGCUGCCUGUCCCCCUGGUACCAGACAUGCGGUACAGAAGGGGAGACCCGUUUGCUGCUUCGACUGUCUGUCCUGCGCUGAGGGAGAGAUCAGCAACACAACAGGGUCAGUUGAGUGUAUCAGGUGUCCAGAGCGGUUCUGGUCCAACCCAGAUCAUACGGCCUGCGUCCCACAGCUGGUGGACUUCCUCUCCUACAGCGACACCAUGGGCGUCAUCCUGUCCGUCAUCUCAGUUUCCGGGGCAACGCUCACAGCUGGUGCCCUGGCCACCUUCUUCUACCACCGCCAUACUCCCCUGGUGAAAGCCAACAACUCUGAGCUCAGCUUCCUGCUCCUGCUGUCACUCAAACUUUGCUUCCUGUGUGCACUGGUUUUCAUUGGCUGGCCGAAGCCAUGGACUUGCAUGCUGAGACACACCCUGUUUGGUGUAAGCUUUGUGUUCUGCAUCUCCUGUCUGCUCAGCAGGACUGUGGUGGUGCUGGUGGCCUUCAGGGCCACUCUGCCUGGAGAGAACCUGAUGAGAUACUUCAGCCCAGCUCAGCAAAGGAUGGGCAUCUCCAUCUGCACACUCAUCCAGGUGCUGAUCUGUGUGCUGUGGCUGGCCCUAUCUCCACCCCGGCCGGCUGAGAGGGGGAACAGAGAGGGUCGGGGGCCGAGGGUGGUCCUGGAGUGUGACGUGGGCUCUGUGGUCGGCUUCUCUCUGGUGCUGGGCUACAUUGGCUUGCUGGCCUCUCUCUGUCUCCUCUUAGCCUUCCUGGCCAGGAAACUCCCUGACAACUUCAACGAGGCCAAGUUCAUCACCUUCAGCAUGCUGAUCUUCUGUGCUGUAUGGAUCUCCUUCGUCCCUGCCUACGUCAGCUCUCCUGGGAAGUACACUGUAGCUGUGGAGAUAUUCGCCAUCUUAGCAUCCAGCUUUGGGCUGCUGUUCUGUCUGUUUGCUCCAAAGUGUUUCAUCAUCCUCCUGAGACCAGAGAGAAACACCAAGAAACACAUCAUGUCCAAAUAGAAACCACCAAGAAACACAUGAGUUCCAAUUAGAAACCACCAAGAAACACAUGAUGUCCAAUUAGAAACCACCAAGAAACACAUGAUGUCCAAUUAGAAACCACCAAGAAACACAUGAUGGACAAUUAGAAACCACCAAGAAACACAUGAUGUCCAAUUAGAAACCACCAAGAAACACAUGAUGUCCAAUUAGAAACCACCAAGAAACACAUGAUGUCCAAUUAGAAACCACCAAGAAACACAUGAUGUCCAAUUAGAAACCACCAAGAAACACAUGAUGGACAAUUAGAAACCACCAAGAAACACAUGAUGUCCAAUUAGAAACCACCAAGAAACACAUGAUGUCCAAUUAGAAACCACCAAGAAACACAUGAUGUCCAAUUAGAAACCACCAAGAAACACAUGAUGUCCAAUUAGAAACCACCAAGAAACACAUGAUGGACAAUUAGAAACCACCAAGAAACACAUGAUGUCCAAUCAGAAACCACCAAGAAACACAUGAUGUCCAAUUAGAAACCACCAAGAAACACAUGAUGGACAAUUAGAAACCACCAAGAAACACAUGAUGUCCAAUUAGAAACCACCAAGAAACACAUGAUGUCCAAUUAGAAACCACCAAGAAACACAUGAUGUCCAAUUAGAAACCACCAAGAAACACAUGAUGUCCAAUUAGAAACCACCAAGAAACACAUGAUGGACAAUUAGAAACCACCAAGAAACACAUGAUGGACAAUUAGAAACCACCAAGAAACACAUGAUGUCCAAUUAGAAACCACCAAGAAACACGAGGGACAAAUGUGAAAUGACACAUACUCAUUUCAUGAUUUAAGGAUUGUAGAAUGUCCAUUCUGUUUGAAAACAUACAUUUCCUGGUAAACUUUCACCAUAUUACCUUGUUAAUACCAACAGUUGAAGUCAGAAGUUUACAUACACCUUAGCCAAAUGCAUUUAAACUCAGUUUUUCACAAUUCCUGACAUUUAAUCCUUGUAAAAAUUCCCUGUGUUCGGUCAGUUAGGAUCACCACUUUAUUUUAAGAAUGUGAAAUCUCAGAGUAAUCGUAGAGAAUGAUAUAUUUCAGCUUUUAUUUCUUUCAUCACAUUCCCAGUGGGUCAGAAGUUUACAUACACUCAAUUAGUAUUUUUAGCAUUGCCUUUAAAUUGUUUAACUUGGAUCAAACGUUUUGGGUAGCCUUCCACAAGCUUCCCACAAUAAGUUGGGUGAAUUUUGGCCCAUUGAUCUUGACAGAGCUGGUGUAAUUGAGAUCGGUUCGUAGGCCUCCCUGCUCACACACACUUUUUCAGUUUUGCCCACAAAUGUUCUAUAGGAUUGAGGUCAGGGCUUUGUAAUGGCCACUCCAAUACCUUGACUUUUUUGUUCUUGAGCCAUUUUGCCACAACUUUGGAAGUAUGCUUGGGGUCAUUGUCCAUUUUGAAAACCCAUUUGCGACCAAGCUUUAACUUCCUGUGCAGUUGCAAACUGGCUUUUUUCUGGCGGUUUUGGAGCAGUGGCUUUUUCCUUGCCCAAUAGGCCUUCAGGUUAUGUCGAUAUAGGACUCAUUUUACUGUGGAUAUAGAUACUUUUGUACCUGUUUCCUCCAGCAUCUUCACAAGGUCCUUUGCUGUUCUGGGAUUAAUUUGCACUUUUCGCACCAAAGUACGUUCAUCUCUAGGAUUCAGAACGCGUCUCCUUCCUGAGCUGUAUGACGGCUGCGUGGUCCCAUGGUGUUUAUACUUGCGUACUAUUGUUUGUACAGAUGAGUGUGGUACCUUCAGGCAUUUGGAAAUGGAUCCCAAGGAUGUUCCAGACUUGUGGAGGUCUACAAUUGUUUUUCUGAGGUCUGGGCGGAUUUCUUUUGAUUUUCCCAUUGAUGUUAAGCAAAGAGAUACUGAGUUUGAAGAUAGGCCUUGAAAUACAUCCACAGGUACAUCUCCAAUUGACUCAAAUGAUGUCAAUUAGCAAUGUCAAUUAUCAGAAGCUCCUAAAGCUAUGACAUCCUUUUCUGGAAUUUUCCAAGCUGUUUAAAGGCACAGUCAAAUUAUGUAUGUAAACUUCUGACCAGCUGGAAUUGUGAUACAGUGAAUUAUAAAUUAAAUAAUCUGUCUGUAAACAAUUGUUGGAAAAAUGACUUGUGUCAUGCACAAAGUAUAUGUCCUAACCGACUCGCCAAAACUAUAGUUUCUUAACAUGACAUUUGUGGAGAAAAAAUAGUUUUAAUAACUCCAACCUAAGUGUACGUAAACUUCUAACUUCAACUGUAUAGUCAUAUAAUGUGUAUGUCUAUAUAAACUCAACAAUACCAUUAACGAUUACGUCAACUCAUGGUGGAAGAGAUUCCUUCCUCAUCCAGUGUGCGUGUGUGUGUUUGUGCCUCAUCGUACACUGAAAUGCAAACAGGCAUAUUCCACUGUUUGCUUACCCACGGUGGGAACCUCUCCUCUCCCCAUAUCUCCUUCCUAAAAUCAAAUCGAAAUUAAAUGUGUCACAUGCUUGUUAAACAACAGGUGUAGACUACCAGUGAAAUGCUGACGGGACCUCUUUCAUAUUAUACUGUAUUUGGUGAGGAAUAAAUACACAGUGAAAAUAAAUAACAGCAAGGAGUUGGGCUGUUGUGAUGUACCACAAGGAGUAGGGCUGUUAUGAUGUACCACAAGGAGUAGGGCUGUUAUGAUGUACCACAAGGAGUAGGGCUGUUAUGAUGUACCACAAGGAGUAGGGCUGUUGUGACGUACCACAAGGAGUAGGGCUGUUGUGACGUACCACAAGGAGUAGGGCUGUUAUGAUGUACCACAAGGAGUAGGGCUGUUAUGAUGUACCACAAGGAGUAUGGCUGUUAUGAUGUACCACAAGGAGUUGGGCUGUUGUGAUGUACCACAAGGAGUUGGGCUGUUAUGAUGUACCACAAGGAGUAGGGCUGUUGUGGUGUACCACAAGGACUACGGCUGUUGUGAUGUACCACAAGGAGUAGGGCUGUUAUGAUGUACCACAAGGAGUAGGGCUGUUGUGACGUACCACAAGGAGUAGGGCUGUUAUGAUGUACCACAAGGAGUAGGGCUGUUAUGAUGUACCACAAGGAGUAGGGCUGUUGUGACGUACCACAAGGAGUAGGGCUGUUAUGAUGUACCACAAGGAGUACGGCUGUUAUGAUGUACCACAAGGAGUUGGGCUGUUGUGAUGUACCACAAGGAGUUGGGCUGUUAUGAUGUACAACAAGGAGUUGGGCUGUUGUGAUGUACCACAAGGAGUAGGGCUGUUAUGAUGUACAACAAGGAGUAGGGCUGUUAUGAUGUACCACAAGGAGUAGGGCUGUUGUGGUGUACCACAAGGACUACGGCUGUUGUGAUGUACCACAAGGAGUAGGGCUGUUGUGCUGAACAAUAAGGAGUAGGGCUGUUGUGAUGUACAACAAGGACUACGGCUGUUAUACUGUACCACAAGGAGAAUAGCCGUUAUGCUGUACAAUAAGGAGUAGGGGUGUUAUGCUGAACAACAAGGAGUAGGUGUGUUAUUUUAGUCAGUUAAGAACAAAUUCUUAUUUACAAUGGCUGCCUAACCCGCCAAAACCCGGACGACGCUGGGCCAAUUGUUCGCCACCCUAUGGGACUCCCAAUCAUGGCCGGAUGUAAUACAGCCUGGAUUUCAAACCAGGGACUGUAGUGAUGCCUCUUGCACUGAGAUGCAGUACCUUAGACCGCUGCUCCACUCAGGAGCAGAACAAUAGGGAGUUGGGCUGUUAUGCUGCAUUCAGAUUGCUCGAGCUAGAUGCUAGACAGCAAACUGGAUGUCAUUGUUUUCAUUGAUAGAACGAAGGUGAAUGCGGUCAGCCGUCAUGGUAUACGGUAUUUGCCGCCAGAGUUCAGAUAGUUCAGAUACUUUUCCAUCUUCCCAUUGUUUUUACCGGAUGUGGAUUUUUUUUAACCUGAAAUAAACAUAGUAAAGCAUACCGUCCUUCUGGCUUGCUUUUAACUUCACCUACUUUCUUGCUUUCUUGCUUGUCAAAUUCCAUAUGACCGUUGAAUGACUGUCGAGUCAUGGUAACUAGGCUUCUCCAAAACUGUGCUCUGUUGUCGCUGAUGGUCAUUAGUAGCCUACCAAACUUGCUAAUGACCUGGUACUCUAUAGUCCCUCUAAUCACUCUUGACAUCAUUGCAAAAGCAAUUGAAAAUCAAAUCAAGCACUUCAUGAGAGCCCUGGCAAUCAGAGAUUGAGUGGAACAGUUGCGCAUCGAGAGCUCCUCAUAGCUGAUUGUUCCAUUGAAUGAAAUAAUUGUUCCUAGAAGCUCAUGUUGCACAACAUUUCAAUAGACUGUGCAAUUGCAUGAGAAAACAGAGUUUUGAUGGCCUCUAUUAAAAAAGAGGAGUAUCCCAUCAGAUUUCUAUAAGCUAGGACUACUAUAUUUAUUCUUCAAUGUUAACUUCUUAUGGUAUAGGCGACGCUUGCUUGCCAAAAACCAGGGAAAAUGCAGCGCUGCAAAUUCAAAUAAAAAUGAUAAAUAAAACGAUCAUUAAAUCACACAUGUAAGAUACUCAAUUAAUGCUACACUCGUUGUGAAUCCAGCCAACAUGUCAGAUUCUUAAAGGCUUUUCGGCGAAACCAUAAGAAGCUAUUAUCUGAUGAUAGCACAACGGUAAACAAAGAGGGUAGCAUAUUUCAACCCUGCAGGCGCUACACUAAACUACACUAGUCUCUAUGGGGGUGCCACAGGGUUCAAUUCUUGGACCGACUCUCUUCUCUGUAUACAUCAAUGAGGUUGCUCUUGCUGCUGGUGAGUCUCUGAUCCACCUCUACGCAGACGACACCAUUCUGUAUACUUCUGGCCCUUCUUUGGACACUGUGUUAACAACCCUCCAGGCAAGCUUCAAUGCCAUACAACUCUCCUUCCGUGGCCUCCAAUUGCUCUUGAAUACAAGUAAAACUAAAUGCAUGCUCUUCAACCGAUCGCUACCUGCACUUGCCCGCCUGUCCAACAUCACUACUCUGGACGGCUCUGACUUAGAAUACGUGGACAACUACAAAUACUUAGGUCUCUGGUUAGACUGUAAACUCUCCUUCCAGACCCAUAUCAAACAUCUCCAAUCCAAAGUUAAAUCUAGAAUUUAAUUUUAUUUAUUUAUUUAUUUUGCUCCUUUGCAACCCAUUAUUUUUUAUUUCUACUUUGCACAUUCUUCCACUGCAAAUCUACCAUUCCAGUGUUUUACUUGCUAUAUUGUAUUUACUUUGCCACCAUGGCCUUUUUUUGCCUUUACCUCCCUUAUCUCACCUCAUUUGCUCACAUCAUAUAUAGACUUGUUUAUACUGUAUUAUUGACUGUAUGUUUGUUUUACUCCAUGUGUAACUCUGUGUCA